CGCAAAUAAAUCAGCUUAAUGCACGCCAUACUGGAUUGCAAAAUAAUUUGACUAUUGUUAUUGCUCAGCGUAAUGCUAGUGAUAAUCGGAUAGUUUUAUUACAGAAUGAUAUUAAUGCAUUUAGACAACUAAAUACCAACCAACUUUAUUGCCUUUGCCAUGGAUUUUUAAUUGGGAAUCGAAUCAACCAGCUUACUCAAGAACUUGAUGACUAUCGACUAGGAUAUAUUUUGCGAGGACGUUUGUGGCGUAAUCUAAGCUUGGUAUGGGAUGAACAGUCCAAAUCCAAACGUGCUCUUGAAAUCAUUUAUAAGGUAUCUCUUCCCCGAUUAGAGCAAUUACAAACAUGUCGGACGCAUGGGAGAGAACUAAAACUUAGACUGAAUACGUGUCAGAAUGAUUUAUUUCUCUGUGAUUUACAGUUGGACAAUAAGCAUGGCAGGAUGCGUUCCUCCAAAAUUUCGCGGUCUAGUGGUGAAGAUCCAGCGGUGUUUAUAAGAGAUUUACGACAACUUCUCCCAAUCACAAUCCAAAUGCAGGGCAUCAAAACCGAAUUCGCAUUAAUGGACUGUUUGAUUGAGGCUUGUUUAGAAGACUAUGCUAAGGAUGAGUCAUAUAAGAAAUACUGUAAUGCGAUUGCCAAUCCAUUAGUACCCGCUCUCACUGUAUGGGACGAAGAUUGGUCUAUAUUAGGUGGGCGACCAACUGACUUGCUCCAAAUACCAAUGCAGGAG